GCCGCUUAGUGGCCUUGCAGUGAUAAUUAUGGUAACAAUUUGUUACAUUGUAAAAAGAUUCGUUUUCUUUAAAAAUUGAAGUUUCAACUCUGAUUGAUGUGACUGUCGAAAAAUAACUCAUUAUCAAAGAACAUUGAAAAUAUUACCUUGACAAAUCAAAAUAUAUUUUCAAAUUUGUCCAUUAGUAAAGAGACGCUUAUUCGUCUAGAAAGAAGUCCUAUUGCGCCACCUACAACAUUUGUGUAGUUUACUUAUCGAAUUUACUUUGAUGGUAAAAUGCCAGGCUCUGAUGAAAAGUCAAUUCCAAAGGAUUUUAGUUCAAGGGUUUUCAAUGAUUCCAGCAUUGAGAGUCGGAGAAACGAGAAGUUUAAUAUUCCCAUUAUAACUUUGAAUGAUGCUGACAACUCGCUGGCUGAAUCGUAUUUAACGGAAAAGCAGACCUUAUCAUAUGGAAGCGGUAUACCUAAAAGAGUGAAGAAAGAUUAUAAAGGUCUUGGAGUCUGCCCAUGGAUGGAUGAACCUUACCCACACGACUGUGUAUCAGUCAUCAAACUAGAAAAGCCGUUGAAACCUGGAAUAGUAAAAUGCGAGCUUUGUCCAUAUAAAUCAGCACCCUCUGUGGUAAAGGCUCAUCAAAUCGUUCAUUCAACUGAAAAAACUUUUGAUUGCCGACUCUGCAAAAAAUCAUUCAAGUGGGUUCAAUCUCUUAGACGUCAUAUUUCCACAGUACAUGUGGGUAUCAAAAAGGCUCUCUGCCCCAAUUGUGGGAAGUCUCUAGCUACCAGGCACUCAUGAGAACGUGCAUCUGUGGUUACUAAAACGAUUUCAAACGAAAUCAAUAGCUGUUAAAAAUUUUGUAGUCUACCCUUUCACUAUGAUUGUUUGUCUUCAAAUUUUCAAAAAUAAACUCAGCCAAGUAAAAUGUACUAUAAAUAAUCUUUUAUCUAAUGUCUUCUUUUUUUUCAAUGUUUGUUUAAAAAAAGA